AGCGUGCAAUUCACUGAAUGACCAUUUGUCCACUUUCUUUAUGUUGCAUUGCUGCUCAUGUUGGGAUGUGGAAGCUACUGUUGGGCAGAGACCUCGGUCAUCGUCUGCAUUCACAUUUCGCAUAUGAAAAGUCAUACCUGUUAUUUCACAGAGACUCCUAUAGACAUGUCAUCACUGUACUACCGCUAUAACCACUCCAUAGACCUCUACUAUAAUUCAAGCCCCUCAAUAGAUCUCUACCAUCACUAUGAUUCCUCCAUUGACCUCUACCAUCAUACUAUCACAUUGACUCCUCCAUAGACAUACGUCAUCACUGUAAUCCCUCCAUAGACCUCUACCAUCACUUUAACUCCGUACACCUCCACCAUCUUUAUGACUCCUCCAUCGACCUGUAUCAUCAAUGUAACGCCUCUAUAGAACUCUACCAUAUCUGUGACUCCACUAUACACCUCUGCCAUCACUUUAACCCCACCAUAGCCCUGUACUAUUACUGUAUCCCGUCCAUAGACCUCUACCAUCACGGUAACUCCUCCAUAUACCUCUACCAUCACUAUGACUCCUACAUAGACCUCUACCGUCACUGUAACCCCACCAUAGACCUGUACUAUUACUGUAACCCCUCUAUAGACCUCUACCAUCACUAUGUCUGUGAAGGUUCUCAUUUAUAUACAUAGUGAUAUCUACCAUCACUAUGACUCCUCCAUAGACCUCUACCAUCACUAUGACUCCUCCAUAGACCUCUAUCAUCACUAUGUCUCCUCCAUAGACCUCUACCAUCACUAUGACUCCUCCAUAGACCUCUACCAUCACUAUGACUCCUACACAGACCUCUACCAUCACUGUAAUCCCACCACAGACCUGUACUAUUACUGUAUCCUGUCCAUAGACCUUUACCAUCACCAUGACUUCUCCAUAGACCUUUACUAUCACUAUGACUUCUCCAUAGACCUCUACCAUCACUGUGACUCCUCCAUAGACCACUACCAUCACUAUGACUCCUCCAUAGACCUCCACCAUCACUAUGGCUCUUACAUAGACCUCUACCAUCACUAUGGCUCUUACAUAGACCUCUACCAUCACUAUGACUCCUACAUAGACCUCUACCAUCACUGUAACUCCUACAUAGACCUCUACCAUAACUUUGACUCCUCCAUAGACCUCUACCAUCAAUAUGACUCCUACAUAGACCUCUACCAUCACUUUAACCCUACCAUUGACCUGUACUUUUACUGUAUCCCCUCCAUAGACCUUUACCAUCACUAUGACUGCUCCAUAGACCUUUACCAUCACUAUAACUGCUCCAUAGACCUCUACCAUCACUAUGACUCCUACAUAGACCUCUACCAUCACUAUGACUCCUACAUAGACCUCUACCGUCACUAUGACUCCUUCAUAGACCUCUACCAUCACUGUAACCCCACCAUAGACCUUUACUAUUACUGUAUCCCCUCCAUAGACCUUUACCAUCACUAUGACUCCUACAUAGACCUCUACCAUCACUUUGACUCCUACAUCGACCUCUACCAUCACUAUGAUUUCUACAUAGACUUCUACCAUCACUAUGACUCCUCCAUAGACCACUACCAUCACUAUGACUCCUCCAUAGACCUCUACCAUCACUUUAACUCCUACAUAGACCUCUACCAUCACUUUGACUCCUCCAUAGACCUCUACCAUCACUAUGACUCCUCCAUAGACCUCUACAAUCACUAUGACUAUUACAUAGGCCUCUACCAUCAAUAUGAGUCCUACAUAGACCUCUACCAUCACUUUAACCCCACCAUAGACCAGUACUAUUACUGUAUCCCCUCCAUAGACAUUUACCAUCACUAUGACUCCUACAUAGACUUUCUACCAUCACUAUGACUCCUACAUAGACCUCUACCAUCACUAUGACUCCUACAUUGACCUCUGCCAUCACUGUGACUCCUACAUAGACCUCUACCAUCACUGUGACUCCUACAUAGACCUCUACCAUCACUAUAACUCCUACAUAGACCUCUACCAUCAAUAUGACAAUCAUGACUCCUCCUACAUAGACCUACCUGUCAUCAUGUGAUAUUAUUAGGUGAGAGUGUUGUCAUUAUAUGGGGAGUUACUUAAUCUAAAAUGUCAAGAAGCCAAAGUGAUGCAAUUAUACUGGCCAGUGAUGUCACUAAGCUAGAGUGACAUCAUUAUUACAGGUGUGAAAUCCCAUUGUUCUUUCCAUUCACUGUGUACAUCCAUUUUCUGAGUCUCUCUGAAUGUGAUACGUUUUUU